GCAGAGAGUCCGUGUAUGUAACCUGGCACAAGCAGCUGAGGUGAGCCGCGAGCUCCUCUCUUCAGUGUCUCCACCGGGUCCUCUCUCUGUCCCACAGCCGCAGACAUGACGCUGUCUCUGGGAUGGCUCUCAGCUCUGGUCGCAGGUGUUUUCUCCGCUCAUGUUUUGCAGAAACUCUGCUUCCCAUACUUUUGGAGGGACCUCGUGUUUCUGUUGAAGGUGAUGAGGUACGGCGUGAAGCUGGAGCUGUUCAAGCUGACCUCCAGCGUGCACACGGUCCUGGACAGGUUCAUCCAGCAGGCGCAGCGCAUCCCCAACAAGCCGUUUGUUAUCUUUGAAGGAAGCGUCCACACCUACCGGGACAUCGAGCAACGCAGCAACAGACUUGCUAAUGUUUUCCUCGAGAGAGUGAACUUGAGGAAAGGAGACUGCAUUGCCUUGCUCAUGAGCAACGAGCCCGACUUUCUGUGCGUUUGGUUCGGGUUGGCGAAGCUCGGCUGCUCGGUUGCUUUCCUGAACACUCAAAUCAAGUCCAAGUCUCUGCUGCACUGCUUUAAGUGCUGUGGAGCCAGAACUCUAAUUGUUGGUUCAGAUUUAGUGAAAGGUCUGGACGGCAUCCUAAGCAGCCUGCUGGAGGACAACAUUCAGGUGUGGGCCAUGAAGAGCCAGAGUGAGCACACACAGGUGCACACUCUGCUGGAUAAGGUGGAUGCUGCCUCUGACCAGCCGGUACCAGCAGUGUUGCGGGCCACCACCUCCGUCAAAACCCCCAACCUCUACAUCUUCACCUCUGGAACAACUGGGCUCCCUAAGGCUGCAGUGAUCACUCACUUCCAGAGCUUGAAAGCAGCAGCAGGGUUUUGGGCGUUUGGAGCAACUGAAGAUGAUGUGAUGUACAUCCCUCUGCCGCUCUACCACAGUGCAGCUUCCUUGAUCGGUAUAGGAGGAACCAUAGAGCUGGGUGCGACCUGCAUCUUGAAGAAGAAGUUCUCUGCCUCACAGUUCUGGAGUGACUGUAGGAAACAUGACGUUACUGUUUUCCAGUAUAUUGGUGAACUCUGCAGAUACCUCUGCAACCAACCUACGACAGAGGAGGAUAAAGUUCACAAGGUGCGGAUGGGAGUGGGGAACGGGCUGCGGCAGGACGUCUGGCAGGAGUUCCAUAGUCGCUUUGGAAACAUUAAAAUGUGCGAGGUGUACGGCUCCACUGAGGGAAACCUGUGUUUCAUGAACCACAUUGGCAGGAUUGGAACUGUGGGCCGCUCCAACUUCUUCUACAGGCUCCUGUUCAAGUAUGAUCUGAUCAAGUAUGACAUGUUGAAAGAUGAACCAGUGAAAGAUCCAAAUGGUUUCUGUCAGCGAGUGGAAAAGGGUGAAACAGGGCUUUUACUGUCCAAGGUGAGCGCACUAAGCCCGUUCUUUGGCUAUGCUGGAAGCAGGCAGCUGACUGAAAAGAAGCUGAUGAGAAAUGUGUUUGUGAAGGCAGACACUUUCUUUAACACAGGCGACCUCAUGGCUGAAGACCAGGAGGGCUUCAUCUGUUUCAGAGACAGAGUGGGAGACACCUUCAGGUGGAAGGGUGAAAAUGUAGCAACGACAGAGGUGGCGGAGACUCUCGGGCAGGUGGAUUUUAUCCAAGAAGUCAAUGUAUAUGGAGUGGAAAUACAAGGGCACGAGGGCAGAGCAGGCAUGGCUGCCAUGAUUGUGAGACCAGGCCUCACCUUCGAUGGGAACAAGCUGUUUGAGCAUGUGAUGAGAGAUUUACCAGCGUACGCCCGUCCGCUGUUCAUAAGGCUUCAGGAGGUGAUGGAAAUGACCAGCACCUUCAAACAGCAGAAGUUCCAGCUGGUGCAGAGCGGCUUCAACCCCUCAACCAUCUCUGAUCUUCUCUACGUGUUGGACUACCAGCAGCAGAACUACAUUCCUCUAACAGACAGGAUCUACCAGAGCAUCCUCGCCAGAGAACUCAAGCUAUAGAACUCCCAAGGGUGGAUGUGAUGACGCAGCUGGAAACAAUAAUGGAAGCCAGUGAGCCUUCGCCAUGCUCCAUGAUUUACUGAGGUCUGAAUGAAAAGCCCUAUGAACUAUGAAACAACAACUCCGCAAAUUAACCUUAUUUUACAGCUCAAACCUUCAGCUGAAACAUCGAUCGUCAUGGUAUCCAGAAUGCCCUGCAAACAAACACCUUUAUCUAAAACGUUAAUAAAUGAAUUCACCAGAUUUGAAUGGAUACAUGAAUUUCCCCCUCAAUUAGAAGAUUAUUUUCACAAAUGUAAUAAUGAUAAGUUUACGGUCUUAUGUAAGGAGGCUAAAAUCUGUUCAGCUGCAAAUCAAUGAAGGAUUUCUUCAGUAUUUCAUAUAUUUAUAAUUAAUGGAUACAUUAAUAAUAAUAAAUGAAUGAACUGUAAUUUAUAAAGACGUUUUUAAUGCUCUUUCUGUAUGGAUUAAGAGGGUAAGUGUCCAUUAAUACUUCCCUUAAAAUCCAUAUGAAGUGCCUUAAUUACAUUAGUACUUAGGAUUAAUUUAUGGAAUUUUGAGGUGCACAAUUGUAUAGUGUAUGAAAAUAAAGAUUCACAAAUGUGGUUUUUAACUUACAAAGAAAAUAAAUGCUUCACAGAUAUGUUCUUUGCUGACACCUGUCAUUUUACCUCAAAUGUCUUUGUGAAUUUUCUUUACUGAUUGUUACUUAUUUAUAAAAUUCUUACAUGAUGUUGACCAAUUACAGCACACACUGUGUUUGUUCAAUUCAUAUUAUUUGAGAAACAAAAACAUUUGUAUAUUGUCUUGACUGAGAGAUUUUGAAUAUGAAAAGCCCAACAGUGCCCAGAUAAUUAGCCUUUACCAAUGUUUUUCAACUCUGCAACAAUUUAUUUAUUUAUUACAUUUCUUUUUAUCUCUUUAUAUGUGCUACUAAAUGUUUUUUACAGUCAUUGAAGCUUGGGAACUUUCCUGGGUGACAUGAGUCAAUUAGCAUGAAAGGUCUCUGAAAGGGGGGACUCGGCUGAAGUACUUCACUUAUAAUGGUGUGUGUUGGAUAUAGAUGUGUAUGUCACGUACAGUCAGUGCAGCAGUGAACUCGUGUUGGCUGCCUGAGCUAGAAUGCCAAGCAGUUUUUCUGUGCAAUGAGGAAUUAUUACUGACAUUUUGGGCGCUUUCACUUUCACUUUCACUUGUCAAUGGUUAAGAUCAUCGGGGUAAACAGUCAAACUGCUCUUGUUUCUUGACAUAUCAGACUUUGUUGUAGCGGUACAAAUCUAGCAACCCCACCUUGACAUUGGGACUUUGAGACGAGAAAUGUUCCCUAAAAAACACAAUGCCUCCUUUUGGACAUUUUUACAUUCCUGUCUUUGCACUGGACCCACCAAGAUGAAUGUUUUCAGCUGACCUUGGAUAACACAGGAAAGCGUUGGAUUGUUUCAUUGACAUCAGACUUUUUCAUGAGUGCAAGCUGUUUGGUCCCUAUGAGUAGACUGCCAUGUUUUUAUUCAACCAUGCAUACUAAAUGCUGGAAGAGAUACAGGUCCGCUAUUCAUAGGUGCAAAGCUCAAUUUAUUUUUGUAUUUUGGCAAAUAUAAUGACUCAGGUAAAGGGAUGUACUGUGAGUUAAGCCCUGCUCAGACGGUGCCUUAAGGAGCCAAGUUAUUGCCCCUGAUUAAGCAAAUCAAAGCAUGUUUGAUUUCUGGGUUGUGGCGACUCCCACAACGGUUUAAAAUGUAUCUGAAACUCAAUGAGCUGUUGCACAGACGAGCACAUUAUUAAGCAAUAAAGCUAAAGUGG